AUGGCGCUGACCAAACAAGCGUUGUCGUAUCUUCUCAACGACACGGAUAUGAAGCUCAGCAAUUUUGUCGGAAAUAAAUUCGUGCCGCCGGCGGAUGGCGCGUACUUGGAUAGUGUUGAUCCGUCGACUGGGAAGCGUUGGUUGAGGGUGCCGGACUCAAGCAGAGUUGAUGUUGAAGAUGCUAUUGAGGCGGCGAGCAAGGCUUUCGAGGAGUGAGUUGAAAUCGCCAACAUACUAUAAUACUAUAAAUUAUAGUAUUAUUAUACUAUUGUAGUAUACAAUAGAACUUUCAUAAAGUGCAUGGACAUUUUCACUUUCGCACAGUGCACUUUCAAGUUCUUCCCGCGCUUGUCGCCAAGGCGCAGUGCAUUUUUCUCUCUUCGCACAGUGCAACCCACAAAAAGGCCGUUUUCACUGUGCAGAGCGAAAAGCUUACGUCGCGGCGAUAUUCCGGGUGCACGGUGCAAACUCAAUAAAAGGGUGAACGCACGGUGUAAAUUAUCAAAAAAUGCGAAAUGCACGGUGCAAAAUAACACGUUUAUUGUGCACGAUGCGCCCUGCGAUGGAUGCCCAUGAGCUAUGAAAAUAAAUAUUUACUAACAAAUUUUUUAAAAUAUGCCUGUUCAGCUGGUCCAACACCUCGGCAGAGCAUCGCUCUUCGCUUAUGAACAAGUUGGCUGAUAUUGUGGAGCAAAAUAUCGACGAAUACGCCAAAGUGGAGUCUAGGGAUCAAGGGAAGCCCAUCACGUUGGCACGGUAAGUUCAGCCAUGAAAUAAAAAGAAUAAUUUAAAAAAUGAAGUCAAAAAUUAUCCUGUCGGAAAAAUAAUGAGCACUCUGGCGCAUCGAAAAACAUUUCCGAUGAGAAAAUGAAUUGUGUCGCGGCAAACUCAAGUUUAUUUUCACUGCAGCGAUAUUAUGUCGCUGACCGACACAGCGACAUUACGCUCAUUAUUUUCCCGACGGACUGACAACCUCUCUUAUUUCAAGGACUAUGGAUAUCCCCCGAGUUGUUCAUAACUUCCGUUUCUUCGCCGCGGCGAUUCGAACCCAAACCAAUCCGUAAGUCAAGGAAGAAGCGUUGCUUCACAGGGUUCGAGUUCUGACAAGUCUUUUGAAACCUUCGCAAACUAAAAUUUGUUUAGAAGCCAUAUCAUGCAGGAGCGCUACCACACCGUCAGCUUUGUCAAGAAUGAUCCGGUCGGCGUUGCGGCGCUGAUUUGCCCAUGGAAUCUUCCGGUUUAUUUGGUGGGUAAAACAUCAGUAUUUCUAUUAUAAAUUAAUAUUCUGCCGGAAAAUAAUGAGCACACUGUAAUCAAAAGACAGCCUCUUUCAGCUUAUCUUCAAAUUGGCCCCAGCUCUGGCCUGCGGAAAUACUGUGGUCUGCAAGCCGAGUGAAGUGACUUCGGCUUCUGCUUGGGUCCUAAUGCACAGCCUGGUGGAUGCCGGAUUCCCAUCGGGAGUUGUGAACAUGGUCAUUGGGACUGGGCCGGGAGUUGGCGACCCGUUGAUUACUAGUGAAAAGGUAAGCCGAUUCGACGGGCCAACAAAGUGAGGGACCUGAUCCAGUGGCAAAAAACGUAAUAUUUUGUAUCCGGGAAGGAUCAAAAAUGUGGCAAAAUGCUUCUUCAAGUGAAAAAACUUUGUUUUGAAGGGCGCGCCUUUUCCCUCACAAAAAGAGCGGACACGCUUUUGAAAUCGGAGUUUUUUUUCACUUGGAGAGGGAAGCAUUUUGCCACAUUUUUGAUACUUCCCAGCUGCAAAGCGCAAGCUGUUUUUCAAGUUUUCGCCCGCCUAGUAUUCCAACUUCCAACAGGUUUAAAAAGUUGUCUUUUAGGUUCCUCUAAUUUCCUUCACCGGCUCCACCGGAGUCGGCAAGAUGAUCAACACCAAAGCCGCCCCACUAAACAAGAAAAUCUCGCUCGAAAUGGGCGGCAAGAAUGCGGCCGUGAUCUUCGCUGAUGUGAAUAUGGAAACCGUGUUGCCUGGGCUGGUCAGGUCGUGUUUUACCAACCAAGGAGAGGUGUGUUUGUGUACCAGUCGGAUCUUCGUUCAACGGGCCAUCUACAAAAAUUUCCUGGAGAAGUUUGCGGCGUUGGCGAAGGAGGUGAGUGAAAUCGAUGUUUUUCGACAAAAUUGCGCUUUUUUUUGAUUUGAACCGAACAGUGUAUUACAGGGUAGCCCAAAAAACAGAAACUUUUUUCCAUGGGUCCUGCCGCGAAAACCUUGCGGUGUAGCCAAAUAAUUUUUUUACCAUUAAAUUCUCCGUACUUUUCUGCCCUAGGCUUUUUAUUUUCAUCCCAUAUUGCUUGGUUGACAUGCUUUCUUUGAAUGUCAAACAGAGGGGCCUCGAUUCCCGACCUGUUUCGGCAAGAAAAAGGACAAUGUGAGGUUGAUUAAUUGUUGAAUAAUAAGAUAGCAAAAUCUGUCAUGCCAAAAGCUACCAAGCAAUUCAACGGAAUAUUCUUGUGUCGCGGCAAAAUGAAGUUGCUUUUCCCUUCACCGAUGCAAUCGUUCGAAGCAUCAUUGUUCAUUAUUUUCCCGACAAACUGUUUCCACUCCCAUUUUUUCCCGAUCGAGCCUUGGUCCCCCCUUACCAAGCCCAUAUUUUCAUGGUGAACUGAAAAUGGUCUGUUCGGACCCAACCCUUUUUUCAGCUAAAAGUCGGAUGUCCAACGGACCCCUCAACAAACAUUGGAGCUCUCGUCAGCAAGGCGCAUUACGAAAAGGUCGCUUCUUACAUUGCUCUGGCCGAAAAAGAAGGCCUCCAGAUCAAUUGUGGAGGAAUUGCCAGGUUGAAUGGGCCGCUCACUGGGGUAAGCCAGAAAUUUUUCAAAUUAUAAAUAAAAUGUGGUAAAAUACGUGGUCUUCAAAGGACAACGGUGUUUGACGCUCAUUACAAAACUUUUGCAGGGCUAUUUCAUUGCUCCGACAGUCAUUUCCGGGCUUUCCGACGACUGCCGCUUGAUGCGUGAGGAAAUCUUCGGCCCCGUAGUGGUUGUGGCGCCGUUCGAGACGGCCGAAGAAGUUGUGAAACGCGUAAACGCGAGCGAAUACGGGCUUUCGGCCACGGUUUGGAGCGAUUCCAUUGAUAAUGUGACUUUUGUGGCAAACCGAGUUCGAGUUGGGACUGUCUGGUGUAAUUGCUGGUUGGUAAGUGAUGGCAGUGUAAAUUCUAGACCACCUACGUGUAAUUUCGGCCUUUGGGCAUGCUCUCAAAUCGAGUUUUUCUCAAUUUUACCUCGAAUUUCUGAAAAACUCGGCAAAAUUUUAAAGUGGCCAUAAAACUCGUCUUUCACAUGGGAAAUUAAAACUUUUUUGGGAUAAUACUGGCCAUUAUCUCUAUUCCCAAUUGUAAAAUUAUCGGUUUACGUAACAAUCCCCUAAGGGCAAUUUCUUCCACUUUUUCUAAAAGACCUCCAAAAUUGAUGACGAUUUUCAAAUCGUCAUAAAAUCCGUCAUAAUUUCGGAAUCACCUUAAAAUUUUGGCUGAUAACAUCUUACUUCUUCUACUUUCGAGUAUCAUAACAUUACUUUACAUAACAAUUUCCAGGUCCGCGAUCUGACCAUGCCUUUCGGUGGGACAAAACAGUCCGGAUUGGGCCGCGAAGGGCUCGAAGAUUCAAUUCACUUCUACACCGAGCAGAAGAACGUGUGUAUCAAACUCAGCUAA